AGUAGGCUAGGCUGGCACAGCCCUGUUGGAGCCCGGGACAGCACAACCGCGUCCAUGGCCCGCACUCCUCGCCGCCACCGGCGCCUGGUCCUGCCGCUGCUGUGCCUGCUCUCCCAGGGCGCCACCGCCCUCCUCUUUGCGAUCUUUGUCCGCUACAACCACGAAACAGACGCUGCCCUGUGGCAUUGGGGCAACAACAGUAACGUGGACAACGAGUUUUACUUUCGCUACCCAAGCUUCCAGGAUGUGCAUGCCAUGAUCUUCGUCGGCUUUGGCUUCCUCAUGGUUUUCCUGCAGCGGUAUGGCUUCAGCAGCGUGGGGUUCACCUUCCUCGUGGCCGCCUUCACCCUCCAGUGGGCCACACUGGCCCAAGGCUUCCUCCACUCCUUCCACGAUGGCCACAUCCACGUUGGCGUGGAGAGCCUGAUCAACGCUGACUUCUGUGCGGGCGCCGUGCUCAUCUCCUUCGGGGCUGUCCUGGGCAAGACUGGGCCAGCCCAGCUGCUGCUGAUGGCCCUAUUGGAGACAGUGCUGUUCAGCGUCAACGAGUUUAUACUGCUCAGUCUCCUGGGGGUGAGAGACGCUGGAGGGUCCAUGACCAUUCACACGUUUGGGGCCUACUUCGGGCUGUUCCUCUCGCGGGUCCUCUACAGAUCCCAGCUGGAGAAGAGCAGGCAACGCCAGAGCUCUGUCUACCAUUCUGACCUCUUUGCCAUGAUUGGGACCGUCUUCCUGUGGAUUUUCUGGCCCAGCUUCAACUCUGCGCCCACGGAGCUGGGGGAUGGGCAGCAUCGGACGGCCCUCAACACAUACUACUCACUCACGGCAAGCACCCUCAGCACCUUCGCCUUGUCAGCCCUCGUCAGUGGGGAUGGCCGACUGGACAUGGUCCACAUCCAAAAUGCAGCAUUGGCUGGAGGGGUUGUGGUGGGGACAUCGAGCGAAAUGAUGCUGACACCCUUCGGAGCUAUGGCAGCCGGCUUCCUGGCUGGGACUGUCUCCACGUUGGGGUACAAGUUCUUUACGCCUGUCCUUGAAUCCAAAUUCAAAGUGCAAGACACGUGUGGUGUCCACAACCUCCAUGGGAUGCCGGGGGUACUGGGGGCCCUCCUGGGAGUCCUGGUGGCUUGGCUGGCCACCCACGAAGCUUAUGGAGAUGGCCUGCAGAGUGUAUUUCCGCUCGUAGCCACCGGCCAGCGCAGCGCCACAUCUCAGGCCGUGUAUCAGCUCUUUGGAAUGUUUGUCACACUGGGGUUUGCCUCUAUGGGUGGCAGCCUUGGAGGGUUCCUGCUGAGGCUGCCCUUCCUGGAUUCCCCUCCAGACUCCCAAUGCUUCGAAGACCAGGUUUACUGGGAGGUACCCGGAGAGCAGGAGGCUGAGGCCCAGAGACCUCUGAGGGCCGAGGAGCCAGACACCCAGGCCUAAUGGCUGCCAGCAUGACGCUGUCCUUGGAGAAGACAAUAGCUCCUGCCAAGAGGUCCUUCUCAGCCCUUGUUACUGUUUGGAAGGAAGUCUAGAGCCAGAAGGGGCAUAGCAUCCCUAGGCAGAUUCACAUUAGUUUGCACCUGUGGCCAGAACAGGCCAAAGCCAGCCCUAGGUGACUGCUGCCCCACCGGCCAGUAUUACCCUGUCCAGUGACACCUGAACAGGCCCACUCUGGGUGGGAAGCUGGGCGAUAAACAACACCAUCACCAAGGGCU